UGUUGCGGAUUGUCAAAAAAAAGAAAAUGUUUUUACGUUCUUGAACUGUGCAAAUUUCAUUUUUUUUUUAUACAUAAAAUAAACUUUGUAUCAAAAGUAAUUGAAUUUAAUUUAAUUUAUUUAGAAUCUUAAUUUUAUAUUAGCUAUUGAAAUGCGAAAUACAAUUUAUAUGCUUAAUGAAUUUAAUAAAGAAAUUUUAAAUAGAGUUUUCUGCCGUUUUAUGUUUAAAAAGUAAUGAAAUCCUCGUGCAAAAAAAACCAAAGCUUAUAUUAAUUUUAGUGAGAGUGCGUUUAUUUAAAAUAUAAUGUUAGAAAUCAGCUAAACUUUAAUAAUAUAUAUUAAAUUAUAAUGCAGUAGGAAUAUUUUAAUGAAAUGACUAAAGACCAUAAAAGGGAAAAACAAGCUCUACCUGAAGUUGUUUCACAGUGGUAUUAUAAACAUGGAUUAUUUUUGUCAAGUUAUCCAACUUGUUCAAUUGGUAUUGCAGUAAUAAUAUUUUUAAUUUCAUGUUAUCCUCUUUUGAAUAUACCAUUGCCAGGAACUAUACCUACAAAAUUAGUUUAUACUUUUGAAUCAAAUCAAAAUCCUUUUGAUGAUAAAAUUCGUAAUUUUUCUUUGGUAAAGGAUAUAUUUAACGUUAAUACAAGUUUUGAUCCCCCAUUUCAAUGGGCCCAGAAUAAACCAGCUUUAUACGUUCAACAAAUUUUACUACGUACUGGUGUACAUCCGUGGCUCAAAGAAAUGUAUAUCUUAGAUGCAUUUCGAUCUCCGCUUUAUGAAGUCUUUAAACUACUUGAAAUUGUACGGAAUCAUGAAAGUUCUACUAACUUGGACAAUAUUUGUCUUCAUGUUGAUAAUGUAAAACGAAUGAAAAGUUCAUUGUUUCCUGAAUAUAAUUGUUUAGUUUUGUCACCAGCAAAUUUUUGGAAUCAAGAUAUUCAUAAUUUUUCAAAAGAUGGGAAUAUUUUAAAUUCAAUUUUUCAACAUCAUAGUUAUCAAAAGGGUAAAGUUUCUGUUGCCGAAAUGCUAUUGGGAAUACCAAUGCAAGACACUGGUUUAAAACGCUAUCCAGUACGUUCUAGAUCUCGCAUAAUUCAAUAUGCCAUUACUCUAGUUUUAAAACAAUAUGACAAAAAUUUUUUGAAAUCAUUGAAAAACAAAUUACAAAGUCAAUAUUCGUUAUAUCAAGACGACAGUGAAAUUAAAUCUAAAACAUCAUUAGAUAAUCCUAAUGAAGAAAUAGAAAAAACGACAGAGUCAACUUUAAAACGGCAACAACAGCAAACGCAACAAGAUAAAACUUCUAUAAUGUAUAUUUAUUAUCCAGGAGAAUUAAAAGUUGCUGAAUUUAUGCCAAUUUGCAUAGCAUUUAUAUUACUUUUUAUAUACGUAUAUUUUUCCGUUCGGAAAAUUGAUGUUAUAAAAUCAAGAUUCAUUUUAGCAACAUUUGCUGUAUUUACAGUACUUGGCAGUUUAAUGAUGUCCAUAGGUUUAUGUUUUUUUUUUGGUUUGACAAUCAGUCUGCAGUCUAUACAAUCGAAAGGAAUUUUCCCAUAUUUGGUUGUAUUAGUUGGACUGGAAAAUUGUUUAGUUUUAACAAAAAGUAUUGUUUCUACAGAUGAAACAUUUGAUAAUAAAAUUAGAGUUGCACAAGCACUAAGUAAAGAAGGCUGGCAUAUAUCAAAAACUCUUCUAACUGAAAUAACAAUUUUAACAGCUGGCUUAGCCACAUUUGUUCCAGUUAUACAAGAAUUUUGUGUAUUUGCUAUUGUUGGGCUAAUAUCAGAUUUUAUAUUGCAAAUGUUAUUUUUUUCAACUGGACUUGCGAUGAAUAUAAAACGAGUGGAAUAUCAAUAUGAGGCUAAAAAUUUACCAAAAAUAAUGAGUUACGAUCAUAAGCAAAGGGAAUUCAAGAAUUUCACUGGCUACAAUUAUUCACCAUUAAACUAUAACGUUGGUGGCGGUUUUCAUCGUUCCCACUCUUAUCCCAAAUUAAGUUUGAAUGAAAUUAAUAAAGCUAAAUCAGUUAGUGAAAACAAAACCAAUAAAAGAUUGAAUUCAAAUAAUUCCCAAGAACAAAAAAUACCAAAACGCCUCAGAAUUGUGAAUUUUUGGGCUAGAACAAGAUUUUUUCAACGGGCAUUUAUGGUUUGGAUGAGUAUAUGGAUAUUUUCUAUUGUAUAUAAUUCAGAAUUUUUGGAACAUUUUUUAGUAAUAGAUUUAAAUAAUAGCAGUUCUUUGGGAGAAGAUAUAUCAGUGAGAAAUUUUGAUUCUAAAUUCUCAGCAACACAAAAUCAAAAAACAAAACCAAAUGGUCUAUUUCAUGUAGAUGUACCUGGCACAAAUACGGAAAAUUCAUUUGGUAAAAUGAAUUCGUUUAGUGAGACUGAAGAAGAGAUCAGGGAACAAAAAAAAUUUAAAUAUCCAGAUUAUGAAAUUAAUUACUAUUUAUCGAAUUUCCAUUGGUCUGAAAUUUUGAUCCAAUAUAAUAUUUCAUUAGCCGAAACAUAUAUAGCUGUUUUACCAAGUAUAAAGCUUUCUAAAAUCAUAGCCCCAGAAUCAGCCAUUAUUAUGCGGAAUCCAAAAGACGUCGAAAUAAAAAAUUUUCAAUGGAAAACUUUGGCUGCUGCUCUCGAUCCAUUAGAUUUUAAUGAUGAGGGUAAAAAUAUAGCUAGAGAAAAACCAGUUUUAUCGAUUGGCACAACAAGUGGCACGCCAUUGUACCCAAAAAGUCCAAUGGAAAUAUUUAUUGUUGCUAUGUUAUGUUCCAUAAGUAUUUUUGUGCUAACAUAUACCAUGGUGGUUUUUUAUCGUUGUAUAUGCACACGAAAUUAUGCAGAAUGGAGAUCUAGUUGGAAUGAAACUGAACCCAUACCAAACGCAGAACAAAUUUUAGAGGGUGUUCCACUUCAUUUACCCGGUCAUACGCAUAAAAUCGAAUGUUUAGUUUCAGAUGGGCAAAACAUUAUAAGUUGUUGUUUAAAGGGACAAAUUAAAGUAUGGGACGUUGAAUGUGGUGAUCUUCUUUUAAAUAUUGAUCGCUCGAAAUAUCAAGAAAUUUUGAAUUCAGAAUCACAAAUGCGCAAUUUUAUAAACAAUACUACGAACAAUUGCGGAAGAAUCUCAAAAAAACGUUUUUCACCAAUUUGGUGUAUGGAUUAUUUAAACAAUAUAGUAGCGUUAGGCUGUGCUAAUGGAAGAAUUGAAUUUUGGGAAAUUCCUACUGGUAUUUUAAAGUGUGCUUAUGAAGAAGAAGACAAAGAAAAAAAAGGAAUAACGCAUAUAACACUCGUAGGUGACAGAGUCAUAGCAGCUAAACUAUCUGGACGAUUAGAUUUUUAUCGUUUAGAAACUUACUAUAAGGGUAAACAAAUAGAUUGGAGCUUCACUUCAGCUUAUAGAAGAACUCAUGUGAGAACCAGUUCGGCAGACAGUAUCGGUCUCGUAAAAAGAGGUGCAGGUAUUAAUAACUCUCAAUUCAUUGUGGACAAAAAAGAUGGACAAGAAGAAAUUAUUUGCACAUUAGAAGAAACUAAAUCGGCACAUCAACAACCUAUAACGUCAAUGGAAGUCGUGAACGGAAUGAUAUUUACAGGCAGUAAAGACCACACACUAAGGGUAUUUAAUAUGUAUGAUUCAAAUAUUGAAUUCACUUUACAUGGACAUUUUGGUCCAAUAACAUGCCUUUUUGUGGACAAAUGGCAACAUGGGAGCGGCGGUUCGGGCUCUCAAGAUGGACUUUUAUGCAUAUGGGAUUUAUAUACCGGAGCUUGCAUGUACAAUAUUCAGGCACAUGAUGGUUCUAUUAGCUCUCUAGCAUGUGCCCCCAGUUAUGUUAUAUCAUUAGGAAUCGAUGAACGUGUGUGUGUUUGGGAAAGGUUUCAAGGAAAUUUAUUAACAACCAUAAAUAUUUCAAAUGCAUAUUCCAAUCUUUGCAUGCUUACUCCAUCACUUUUAGUUACUAGUAAAUUAGGAUCCUUAAUUGUGUGGGAUGUUAGAAGUGGAGAACCAGCACGAGAAGUAAAACUGGGUAGUGAUUUCUCACAAAUCUGUCCAAAAAUUAUGAUUUUAGCAAAUAGUUCUAUAAUUUGUGAUUAUGGAAAUCAAAUUAGAAUAGUUAAAUUUCCUAUUGUGGCUGAUAAAAGUAAUUAGAUUUUAAUAAAAUUAAUUAAGGCAAAAAAAAAAAUUUUUUAAAUUAGAGGAAACAUUUUGCCAUGUAGAAAUUUUUAUUUCUUUAAUUUAAUAAACUGAAAUUGAAAUUCACUUAUACCUACA